AUGACUGGAAUACUUCCGGUUGAACUCAUACUGGAAAUUCUGUCAUGGCUUCCUGUGACAAAUCUCAUGCGAUUUAGGUGCGUUUCAAAGACAUGGAAAUUUCUUAUAUCCAAUAGUUACUUGAUGAAAUUGCACCUUGAAAGGUCCUCCAAGUACUCACAAAUCCUCCUACUGAUGUCACAGAGACACGAGAGGGAAUUCUUGCCUCGUUUAGGCUCUUUACCUUGUUUAAUCCAAAACCCUGAACCCUCUUCUUGGGGUCGUAUCUUGCAAUGCCCCAAACCUUAUGAAUAUUUAUUCGGUUCUUGCAAUGGUUUGCUUUCUCUACGUGACUCUCUUUCCACAGAUGAGUAUGAAGAGCACUGGGUCUACUUUUGGAACCCUGCCACCAAGAUUUGCUCCGGGCCUUCACCAAGAUUGCGUCUCAAUUUCGGCAUUGAUCUUUGGCGUGUUAUUGAUUUUGGGUUUGGGUACGAUGAUCGGAGGGACAGUUACAAGGUGGUGGCAAUUAUUUUGGAACGGAGGACACUGCAAAUAAGUGUGUGGGUUUACUGCAUGGGUGACGUAUGUUGGAGACGUCCUUUAAUGACCAUUCCGGCUUUUCUCUCUUUUGACCGUAAUGGAUACUCUCUGAAUGGUACUAUUAACUGGAUAGGAAUUUAUUGGGAAGAAUCGAGAACUCACAAACUACAAAAUCAAAUAUUUUCGUAUGAUCUAAAUAACGAUACUUGCAGAUGUUUGUCGGUGCCUGAACACGUCCCGACAAAUUCUGAUUUUCCUUCUAUGGGAGUUUUGAAUGAUUGUCUUUGUGUUUCUUUAGAUACAAGGAUGACAGUCUUUGUUGUAUUGGCAUUGAGAGACGUUCGAGACGAAAGAUCUUGGAGUCGGUUGAUGAGUGUAAGUUAUGAAUCUCUGAAUAUCUGUCUUGAUUACUAUAAGUUGCGGAUUUUGUGCAUGUGGGAUGAUCUUCUUUUGCUCACAUAUUCACAGCUCUGGGAUGAUUACGAUAUCAUCAUUAUCUUUAAUUUGAAGGAGAAUAAAAUAGAACGUACUGGAGCUGACUAUCUCAGUCGCAUCUUCUCAUAUAUUCCAAGCUUGAUUUUGCCUAUUUGA